CACCAGCCCUGCAGCGGGGCAGCCCCUCUUCAUCUCAUCCCCCACCCCACUCAGGGGCAUCCUCACAGCUUCCAUGCUGGCCACCCCUUUAAGGCCUUCUGCCCAUCCUCCACCCUCUGCGUGCAGAUACUGUGCAGAAGACAAGUGAAGAAACCAAGACUCAGAGCCCAAGCUACUCGCCAGGGUCACACACACAGCCCUAAGGAGGCAGAGCCAGAACUCGCCCAGGAUUGCUGGGAUUAAAUGAGAUGGUGGAUGUCAAGGCUUAGCCCAGUACCUGGCCCAAGCUGUGCCCUCCUCAACCUGCUUCUGCAACUGGUCAGUCAGCACUAUCUGAGAUCUGCGGUAUUUCUGACAGCCCCACCAGCAGCUGGAAGCUUCUUGAACCCAGAGACGACAGGAAAAUGGCCACCUGGGAUGAAAAGGCAGUCACCCGCAGGGCCAAGGUGGCUCCUGCCGAGAGGAUGAGCAAGUUCUUGAAGCAUUUCACUGUUGUGGGGGACGACUACCAUGCCUGGAACAUCAAUUACAAGAAGUGGGAGAAUGAAGAGGAGGAGGAGGAGGAGGAGCAGCCGCCGCCGCAAACGCCGGCCUCGGGCGAGGAGGGCAGAGCCACUGACCCGGCUGCAGCCCCUGUCCCUCUGCCCAGGCCCCGCCUAGACUUCAGGAGCACUUUGAGGAAGCUCUUCAGCGCCCACAGGUUUCAGGUUAUCAUCAUCUGCCUGGUCAUUCUGGAUGCCCUCCUGGUGCUCGCUGAGCUUGUCCUGGACCUGAAGAUCAUCCAGCCUGACAAGAAUAACUAUGCCAACAGGGUAUUUCACUACAUGAGCGUGGCCAUCUUGACCUUUUUUAUGAUGGAGAUUUUCUUUAAAAUAUUUGUCUUCCGCUUCGAGUUCUUUCACCACAAGUUUGAGAUCCUGGAUGCCAUUGUGGUGGUGGUUUCCUUCAUUCUUGAUGUUGUCCUCCUGUUCCGGGAGCAUGAGUUUGAGGCACUGGGGCUGCUGAUUCUGCUCCGGCUGUGGCGGGUGGCCCGGAUCAUCAACGGGAUCAUCAUCUCGGUUAAGACACGUUCAGAACGGCAGCUGUUAAGGUUAAAACAGAUAAAUAUACAACUGGCCACCAAGAUCCAGCACCUUGAAUUCAGCUGCUCUGAGAAGGUAAGAAUAUGGUUGGGAAAAUGCCCUCUGUCUGCCCAGAGGGUUCCCUCCCUCCAGCUGGGUGCUCCUCCCUGUCAGGCCUGUGCUCAUACGGGGCCCUUAGUCCUGAGCCCCCUUCCCUGGGUCACAUCUUCCUGGUUCUUUCAGACUCAGCUCCCUCCCUGCAGCUGCGCCAGGCACCCUCCUUCAGGUAUCUGUCCUGGCCUGGGCCCGCUGAUUGAUUCCACAAGGAGCAUGGCGUUCAUUCAGCUCUGUGUCCCUGGGUUGUGCCUGGGGCUCACUGCAUGACUGCCACGUGCCAGGUGAGGCUCAGAAGGUAAAUCCAGUUAUUUGUCUGCUUUUGUAAUAACAGGAACAAGAAAUUGAAAGACUUAACAAGCUAUUGAAACAGCAUGGACUUCUUGGUGAGGUGAACUAGAUGCUAUCUGCUCCACCCUGAAGGGAAGACCCUGCCUUACCGGCUUGUGACGCUUGUGACAAGAAGGAUAGCUCCCCCUCCUGGGGCUGUGUCGGGAGAGGUUUGCUUUGACGGCCUUGCCUCACUGUCGCCAGCUCGGAUUCUGGGGACACGGACUUUCAGAAGGCUCUGUGUCUUCCUGGGCGUGACUGAGAAUGUCCAUCCCCCAUCCCACCCCACACUCUAACAAAUGUAUCAUAAAACUAUACUUUUCUCAUGUCCAGCACUUUCCUCUUGCUUGAAAAUGAACAAAGCUGGACAGUUACCAGCAGUAUAUAAUCUCAUCAAGUGUACAGUUGUCUCAUGUCACAUGUAUGUUGAGGAACCAGUGCAUCCUUUCAUAUGGGGACUCUGAAAGACAAAGAAGAAACAAGGAAGCUACUUUAGCUGCCCAAACAUUCUAGAAGAGUCUUUUCUAUUUCCAAGCUGUUCUGAUCUAAACAGCUUAUCGCAAGUUCCCCCCAGGAGCUGUUCUCCCCUGCCCCCUCUCUGCAUCCUCCAGCUCUUAGCUGGUUCCACCUAGUUCUGCCACCUGACAACAUUUUUCUCAAUUACUGUACAAUUAAUGUACAAAAUAAACUCUCUCCUUCCCUUGGGCCCUCCUACUAUAUUCUUUCCAGCUUCAACUGCUUGGAACCACUCUGUGGCAUCCCAUUCCAGCCCACCAGCUGGAGAGCAGGCUGGCUCCAGUGCCUAGUACAGAAAUGGCAAUUAGACCAAGAUGCCACUGUAAUUAACAUGACAUUUGGAGGAAGAUCCCCUCGUGAGACCUUGUACUCUGUUUGCACGAUUUUAUACAAUAAUUUGCUAUUUUUGUACUCAUUUCAACAGGACCUGAAAAGAUAGAAAACCUGAACUAAAAAACAAUGAAUAUUUUUUAAAUAACUCACAUUAAAGCAGGGGAUGAAUAAACUGGAUAAACCCUCAAUGCCUGCGCUACUUCAAGGUCUGAUUACUUCGCUGUCUUCCCAAGGUUGCAACUUGGUCUCCACAAGUGACCUAUGUGUUGAGAGCACUGGUAAUGACCAAGACCAGAUGGGGGCCCCUUUUAAGUUAAACCAAGUAAAAUGAAAUUGCCAACAGGAGAAAAGAAAGGAGGGGAGUGAGUGGCGAGGGGAAGUGUGUUGGUUUGGGGGCAACCUCAAGGGUUUUAAGUAUAAUAAAGUGGAGUGUCUCUGAGGGACGCUGGGUCCCCACAUGCUCGAGUCUACAGGCGUGGUGUAGUUUCCUUGUUUAAUGACUUACGUCAAACAAACGGGAAGAAGAAAUUAAAGGGCAGCCUGGCGUUGAUGGUUGGCCGAGCUCUGAAGCCUGCCUCUGCAGGUGCAGAUACAUCCACAAAAGUAACCGCAGUAGAAAUAAGAAUUGUCCUUUCAUUUCCUAAGUGGGUCUGUAAUAAAAAGUCAGAGUGAUGCAAGCCCUGCCUUCCAGCGUGUUACCAGGAUAACAAAGGUGGGACAGCUCUCAUUCCCUUCCUCACCCAACUGCUGUCGGUUCAUGAAUCUGGUAGCCACGCAGAGGGCUCAUCAGCCAUUAACUCAGAGGAGACAGCUGUCAUUCAGGUUGUCCUAACACAUCAAUAUCAUUCACAGCUCAAUUUUCAUGAGAAUUGUAAAUUUCAAAUCUAAACAAGAAUGCUAAUGUGACUAAAACCACUGUGUUCAGUGGAAUUUUUUUCCUCUAAAAGAUAAUGACUGCUAAGCUGUUUUAACAAUUCAGAUUGUUUAAAUUUUAAUUAUUCUUUUUUUUUUUUUUUACAAAAUAAUAAAUUUCAUCUAUCACAACUGA